AUGCAAGCACUAAUUGAGAAAGCUAAUCAAUCAGGUCACUAUUUACCUCAGGAUCAAAAUCAAAGCUGGGAAUUUCGUUGGUUUAGUCCCUUGAAGGAACAACAUUUAGCUCAUACACAACCUCAACAAACUGCAGAUGAAGAAAAUAAAUAUCCAUUUCAAUAUAAGACUUGGUUAAGGAAACAACCAAAUACAACUGUAGAUGUCGAUAAUGUAAGUAUUGAAGAACCCUCAGAUUCGACUAAGAUUGAUACGUUAAUACCGUUGAAUUUAUCUCAAUUUAAUAGAGCAAAAUAUUCUACAAAUAAUAAUGGGCUGUCUGUUGACGACAUUAGAGGCGCUGUCGGUGGUAGUGAAUCUAUUCCAGGUCUAUCAUCUAGCAAUGCUGCUACAACCGUUGAACGUCAAACUGUCGAGACUCCAGUAGAGGAAAGUCCUGUAACAACUGUGGAAACCCCAUCUGUAGAGACUCCUGUAGAAGAAACUCCUGCUGCUAUCGAAACACCUGCUCCAAUUGACGAAACGCCCAUUGUAGAAACUCCAGCCGGUGAAACGCCAACAAUAGAAGAGACUCCGGUAAUAGAAUCACCUUCUAAUGAACCUACAAAAGAAGAGUCUGUAGUGGAUUCAGUACCAGAGUCUCAAGAUAUUGAAAUGAAAGAUUAA